AUGAAGCUCAUCGCUUUCCUCCUCUUCCUCCUUGGCCUCGUCAACGCCGGAGUUGUCCGCACUCCCGCUGAGGCGGCCACCCUCACCACCGAGGUUACCGCUCCCGCUGAGGCCGCUGCCAUCAACGCUGAGCCUACCCUCCCCGUCGAGGCUACCACCCCCGUCGCUACCCCCGACGCCUUCGUCGCCAAGGGUGAGAAGAUGGCCUCCUGCAACAUCCAGUGCGCCUUCUGGUACCAGAAGUGUUACUACCGCCCUUGGGGCUACAAUUGUGACGACAACGGCCUCUUCCGUCGUCGCGGAUGGAACCCUGACUGUGAGAAGAACUGCUGGUGCAACUGCGAUUCCAAGUAA